CCGAUUGUGCACAACGCGAAUUCGCAGAUUUUUCGUCGCGUCUGUGUAGCAGCAUUCCCAGCACGUGUUAAGGCCGCAACGAAGCGAUUGCGAAAAUGGCGCUAAAUGCUCCAAACUGCAAAGACACACAGGAUGUGCAGUUCAAGUUGCAUGACAAGUUCGUUGCCUUUCGGAAAUGCGGCGAUCUAAGGAGCAAUGUGAAAUUACUGGCGGUUUCCAGCAGUCGCGAUUUGCUUUUUGCCGGCAAUCCAACGGCGCCGGAAUUGAAAGUGAUCAUUAUCAAGGAUGUGGCCGCUGCCAGGACAAGUGGCAAGCAGCCGUUGGCGCGUCGUGUGGCAUUGCCUCAUGUUCCCAGCUAUAUGUCCUGCAGCGCCGAUGGCAAUCUAUUGGCCAUUAACUACACACAGGCGAACGGCACCAGUCUGCUGCUCAUCUAUGCAGUGCAAUCCUUUAUGACGCCCGAGGUCCGUGCUUUGUACAACAUAAGAUUGGCACCCGAGGACUUUGUGCAUGCCGUGCAAUUGCUCUGGAAUCCCGUGAUGCCCAACAGCUUGGCGGUCGUCCUCAGCAACGGCGGAUUGGCCAUGUAUGUGCUGAAGGAUGGCGGCAACUUUGAGCUGCACACGCUGGACAAGAGUCAGCAGGUGAAGUGUGGUUGCUGGUCACCCAAAGGCAAACAGCUCGUGCUGGGUUUUCCCAAUGGAAAAUUGCAGCAGUUCAAGCCGGAUCUGACCCCGGCCAAGACACUGAUGUGCCCGCCAAAUGUGCAUGAUGCACCCUUCGAUACGAUCGCUGUCCAUUGGCUGUCCACGUUCCAGUUUGCCGCCAUCUUUCUGCAGCACGGCGAGGAUUGCAAUCCGGCGUUGUAUAUCAUAAAUGCACCCAAGGUGGGAGCACCCACGUAUACAAACUACUAUGACAUUUGCUAUAGCCUGAAUGGACCGCGCAAUCAUCAGUUCCACUUCACGCAUGUGCAGCAGUGGAAUCUGCUCCUGGUCAGCUCGGCGAAUGGCGUGGAAGUGGGCGUGCUGGGCACCACGGAGGCGGGAGACACGCCCACCUGGCAGCAGUUGACGCUGCUGGACGAGGCGCGCAUUGAGCUGCCGCUGAGCGAGGAGACCCAAGAUGAGACCUUUCCCUUGGGCUUUGUCUACGACACAUCCACAACCCAUCAGCUGACCAUCAAUGAGCAGCUGUUGCCCAGCAUGCCCAUGGUGCAUGUCCUGGGCACCGAUGGCACCUUGCUCUCAUUCAAUUUCCUUAACCUGCAGCCAGGUGUUGCCUCCGUCUGCUCACCUCCGCCUCCGCUGGCAGAUACAUCCGGACAGUUUUGUGCCCUGGACAAGCUACUCGGCGCUGAGGAGCAGCAACAGGGCACAGCAGGAGCAGCGGCAUUGACAGCAGCGCCAGCAGCAAAUCCUGCUCUGUCUGACAUUUCCUUCGCCUUUACGGCCAACACGGUCACUUCGACUCCCGCUCCGACGAAGGACAAGCCGCCCUCAUUGUUUGCCGGCUUUGGCAAUGUUGCCAAUGCUGGCAUCAAGGCACCGCCGCCCACUUUUGCUGCUCCAAGUGUUUCCAGUGCUCCGCUUAACUUUGCCGCUGCAUCUAAAUCCAUGCCUGCUCCCAGCUUUGGCGGAUUUGCUGCUGCUACAACUGCUACAACAACUGCUCCACGAUUCAAUUUACCUGUGGCUAAUCCGGCACCGAACUUUGGACAGCUGGAGAAACCCGCUGCAGUUGCUCCUGCUCCUGCUACGAUGGCAUCGUCAGCUGCUCCCAUGAAGACCAACAAUAGCAAACCACUCUACACUGUGCCGCCCACCUUUACGCCAGUUGCAUCCGCUCCUGCUCCGGCUCCUGCUCCAGGAGCUGCUGCCAUGAAACCAUUAUCGAGUGCGGGCAAGAACACGGAGUUUAGUACCCGUGAAAUAGACGAUGUCAUUGCCGAGAUCAUGUGUGUCCAGAUCAAUGCGUUUAGUGAGCAAAUCGAGCAGCAGAAGCAACAAUCAAAGACGCUGCUUUCCCAGAUUGAAUCCCCCUCCACAAUUAAGUUCUAUGCCAAGCGUCUGGAUGAUCUGCAGGAGCUGAAUGACCAGGCCAAUGAUGUGGAAUUCGAACUUGACGUGCAGGGAUUGCGUCAUGCUCUGAGUGAAGCCUAUGCCAUGAUGGCCGAGUGCCGUGCCAAGUUGGAUGUCUAUAGGAAUCCAGACAUUACACGACUGAUGAGCUCCACGAGCUUUGAUGCAGCUGGACGACGUUUGCUGGCUCGUCUGCAGAGCUAUCUGGCGGCCAAUGAGGCGCAGCUGCGACUGGCUCAGCAGCACAUUGACACCCAGUGGGAGCAGUACCAGGAUGUGCUGCGUCGCAACUCCAAGUCGAAGAUGCAUAUGCCCUGCCUGGAGGGCAUCUAUCAGCGACUGACCCGACUGCAAAAUCUGGCCUCCGAUCAGCGCAUCAAACAGACGAGUAUCAAGGCCAAGUUAAAGGAACGCGGACUGUUGCAAUCCUCUUUAAUCAACCAGGAGAACAAUCGCAAUCGGAACAAUGAAGCCGUGGACACACUUGCCGACUCCAUACUCUCGAUGAGUCUUAAUCAAGCUGUGGAAACGAAUCGCGCCAAGCUGUCGAUGCACAAAUUGCAGAGUAUACGUCAACUGUUGCAGAACCACAAGAUACACAUCAUUAGUCCACAGCGUCCAGAUCGCGUAGGUCUCAAGUCGGAGGUCAUAUUAGAGACGAAACUCAAAGCAGAGCUCAACAAGAAGACGGCUGCAGCCAAUGUGAAGCCAACGACAGCGCAUAAAGCAACUCAGGCUGCAGCUGCAGCAGCUCCAACUGCUGUUACAGCAGCUGUUGUGGCCAACCAGAUGGCCAAGCCUACAGCCUCCAAGCCGACAACAACUAUGCCAACAACAGGAGGAGCAACAGCUGUUCCUGCUGCAUCUGCUGCUCCAGCGCCAUUUGGCUUCUUCCAGAGUAGCUCAUUUUCAAAGACUACAGCAGCAGUCGCUGCACCCACGACCACUUUAAGCGCUGUUGACGCCACCAAACCUGCAACAACAACCACGCCUGGCGGUGGCCCGUUUUCCUUUAGCUUUAGCCAGUUGGGUGGCAAUAAGUCAGCACUGUCCAUUGGUGGAUUAUCGUCGGCUCCAGCCGCAGCUUCGUCCAAUCUUUUCGCUGGCUUUGGCGCUGCUCCAAUGGAUGCAACAAAACCAAAACCAACAGCAGCAGCAACGGAGCAACCCAAGCAAGUGGAGGUCAAAAAGGAUGUGGAGAUCAAAGCAACAGCUGCUGAGCCAGCAACCAGCACCAUCAGCAGCACCACCAACACAGCAGCUCCUAAAACUGCUGCUGAGCCAGCCGGGAAGCCCUUUAGCUUUGCAGGCUUUGGCAGCAACGCUGGCACCACCAUUGGCAGCAGCUCCACAUUCAGUUUUGGUGGCUUCGGUUCAUCGCUGGGCAAUGCGGCAGCUUCGCCCAAAUCACCGAGUGUCACCACAGCUGUGGCAACAAAUGCUGCUGCUAUUGUUGCCACUACUGCAGCUGCCGCUAGCAACCAGGAGACGAUAAGCAGCUCCAACAGCACAGCUCCGCAGCCUGUGGCAAGUGCAGCAUUCAGCUUUGGCAAAGCUGCUGCACCACAGAGCGAGGCAAGCAACAGCGGCAGCAAGGAGGAGUCCAUUGACAAUCUCUUUGGCUCGGUUAACAUCUGUAAGCCGCAGGUGAAAGACAAUGUUGCAGAUGCGCCUCCGGCCAACAUCUUUAGCGGAUUUGGCAGCCCUUCUACGGCUGCUGCUGGCAGCUUUCAAUUGGGCGAUGCCUCGAAAGGAUUAUUUGGAGGCACUGCAGAUGGCGGCAGCAAGACAGCAGCAACAUUGGCCACAACUACAGCAGCAGCAGCAGUUGCCACAACACCAACAGCAGCAGUUGCCACAACACCAACAGCAGCAGUUGCCACAACAGCUGCUCCAACAGUUGCCACAACAGCUACUCCAACAGUUGCCACGACUUCUGCAACAGUUGUAGCUACAACUGCAGCAACAUUUGCUACUGCAACAGCAACAGCAGCGGCAACAGUUGCAGCACCCGCGGCAACAACAGCCACAACUGCAGCGCCAGGCAGCAGCUUCUCCUUCUCCAAUGCAUUCAGCAGCCUGAACACGGCCAGCUCUUCGCCAGCCGGCUCCUUGACAGCCACCAGCUCGGCAGCAUCCACAACUAGCAAUGCAUCCACUUCGAUCUUUGGCGGUGCCAACACAUUUGCACCUGCUGCAACAGUUGCCAGUCCGUUUCAGGCAGCUGCGGCAACAACAGCAGCUACCCCGCCCAGUGGCAAUAUAUUUGGCAAUGUGCCCAAGCCGGAGGCAAGUGUCUUUGGCGCCUCUCCUGCAGCUGCAGCACCACCACCCACUGGUCUCUUUGCCGCAGCUGCUGCCCAGAGCAGUCCUUCGCCUUUUGGUGGCAGUCCAGCAGCCGCUCCAGCUGCAACAGCCAGCUCCGGUGGCAACAUCUUUGGCCAGGCGGCAGCUGCCACAGCAGCGGUGAAACCCACCGGAUUUGGUUCCCAAGCAGCAUCGCCAGCACCAGCUGGUGGCUCCAUUUUCGGCGGUGGAACCAGCACUCCUACGCCUUUUGGUGGCACCUCCAUUUUUGGUGGCGGCAACAGCGCACAAAGUCCAACGGCAGCUGCUCCCACAGGCUCCAUUUUUGGCCAAAGCGUCUUUGGUGCGUCGGCUACAUCCAGCGGUGGUAAUUUAUUCAACAAUGCUAGCCCAGCACAGGCGCAACCAACGGCUUUUGGUAGUGGCUCCGUUUUUGGUGGCAUUGCUGCAAAUACAUCCUCGCCAGCUGCAUCUGGUGGUUCCAUCUUUGGUGGCGGCAGCGGCUUUGGUUCCUUUGCCCAGACAACUCCGGCAGCGGGCGGAUUUGGCAGCAGCUUUGCCCAGAACACUGGCGCUUCAGUGGCUCAAUCUGGAUUCGGUUCACCUCAGCAGCAGACGCAACAGUCGCCCGCCGGCGGCUUUGGAGCCAAGCCCGUCUUUGGCGGCAGUCCGGCCUUUGGGGCGAGUCCUACGUUUGGUGGAGGUCCAACAUUCGGCAGUCCCAAGGGAUUUGGCACCUUUGGCAACAGCCCGGGUGUAGUUGCUCCAGCUUUUGGUGGACAACCGAAGCCAGCGGAGGGCAACAUUUUUGAAACACUGGGCGGCACCGAUUCCGGUCUCUCCUUUGGAAAUCUGGCUCAAACUGGCAACUCUAAUACCCAAAAGUCCACAUUUGGCGGCUCUUCUUUUAUGAACUAUCGUUAAGCAUUUGUUUUUGUGUCUCCGUUAAGUGGAUUAAUGUAAAUUCAGUUUCAAAAUAAAUAUGAUUUAAAUCUUUAAAUAUACAUAUAUAAAUAUUUUCUCUUCGAAUCAUCGACCAAAGCGAUGUCGAUUUGGAAACUACGAAUGUGUUUUUUUACUUCCUUCACUUUAGUGAAUAAGCAUUUGUGGCUUAUUAAGUUAUUAUAAGACCCUGAGACGAAAUGAUAACACUUGACUUUUGAACAUACUUGUCAUCUUUAUUACCAAAUAAAUAUUACACACAGUUAAAUCAAAG